CUUUCUGAGGGUGGGAGGGGAGACGAGCCAAAGCCCCGGCGAGGGAAGGCAGACGCGCGCAGCCCGCCCGGCCGGCCGCCCGCCCUGGGUGUGCGUCAAGGAGCCAUGCGAGAAUACAAAGUGGUCGUGCUGGGCUCGGGCGGGGUGGGCAAAUCCGCGCUCACCGUCCAGUUCGUGACGGGCUCCUUCAUCGAGAAGUACGACCCCACCAUCGAGGACUUCUACCGCAAAGAGAUCGAGGUGGAUUCCUCGCCCUCGGUGCUGGAGAUCUUGGACACGGCCGGCACCGAGCAGUUCGCCUCCAUGCGGGACUUGUACAUCAAGAACGGGCAGGGCUUCAUCCUGGUCUACAGCCUGGUCAACCAGCAGAGCUUUCAGGACAUCAAACCCAUGAGGGACCAGAUCAUCCGGGUCAAGAGGUACGAGAAAGUGCCCAUGAUCCUCGUGGGUAACAAGGUGGACCUGGAAGGCGAGCGGGAGGUCUCGUUCGGGGAAGGCAAAGCCCUGGCGGAGGAGUGGAGCUGCCCCUUUAUGGAAACUUCAGCCAAAAACAAAGCCUCGGUGGACGAACUCUUUGCCGAGAUCGUCCGGCAGAUGAACUACGCCUCGCAACCCAACGGGGACGAUCAGUGCUGCUCUUCCUGCGUAAUCCUCUGAAAGGAGGAAAGGGCGGGGAGGGGUGGCGGAGAGACAGCACAACUCUGGUCGCUUUAUAUUGUGUUUUUCUUUUCUUUUUUUAAUCUUGAAGUAAAGGUUUACAGCAACAACACCACACGCAAAGGCGGCCGCGGCGGCAAUGUUAUCACCCUGUGAAUCUCCAGCUUUUGAAACAUGCUGUGUGUGUGCGUGCGCGUUACACCCGGAUUCCUUCCAGGUUACGGCUUAUGCUCGUGCUGCUGCGGGUGGUUCUUGGUGUCAUGGGUCUGCAUUGUCUCUCAUCAACAUCUGACCAAAAGAAGAAAACAAAACCCAAAAAAUCUCGUUGGAAAUGUGGCGCUUUCCGCAUGUACAUGCCAUCGGUUUUGAUUGUUGCUUAUUUCUUGUAGUACCUCUUUGCAAAGGGGUCUGUAUUGGCAACUGAUAUAACCAGUAGGAAAAGUUCCUGUGUGUGUGUGCUCCUUUGCAGCAGAAAGAAAGAGGGGGGUUGUUAGCAAUUGCUGUAUAACUGGAAUAUUAAAAACAAAACAAAUGCGAACAGCUACAAGAAAUUAAGGGAAGCAGCGGAGGAAGAAUGUUUGUACAUGUGGAGGCAGUUAAGAUCCUCCCUAUUUGUCAGCCUGAACUUAGCCAGUGACUAGGAAACUUUUGAUUCUGAGGAUUUCUAUGCAAAGUUGGAAUAUCUGUUAACAAGCCUAUCCCACCUGAAGAAGUAUUGCACGUGUACUGCCUGGGACUUUAAUAACACUGAUGCCAAUACAGUGUGCGAGGUGCCAGAAAAGUGUCUGCUGAUUACUUGUGAAAUCUUCUAUUUUGUUUACCUGCUGUAUUGAAAGGGAGAGAAUGGAGAGCAUUUAUUUGUGUGUGUUGUGUUGUUUUUUUUAAAAAAAGAAAAUCAGCUGUGAAAACAUUACAGAUCUGCACAAUUUUUAAGUUGUGUGUCUUUUUGGGAGGGGGAGGGAGGACAAUGUGAUGGUUUGUCUAAUUUAAUUUGAGGAGGGUGGGGGUUGGCAAUAACUGAUUUUGAUAACUAGCUCUCUCAAGUACAAAGACUUCUAAAAUGUGAUGCAGGGCCAACAGUAACCCUGUGUCUGUAGAGUGCCUUCAAAACAGCUGUUGCAGCCGGUGCCAACCUGUGGAAGUUCCAAGAAUCCCAUUAUUUACUAAACAACCCACAAAACUACAGAACAGUUUCUUUUCAGUAAUCAUAGCAAACAAGCCAGAACAAAAGGGCCUAUUAUUAAUAGAAUUAAUUUCUUCAAAUCUUCCAUUUGAGCCUUUUCCAUUUUAAUUUCUACUCCUUUCAAGGUUCUUCUGGUUCAGGUUCACAGGUAUUAGUGUGGGUUGUGCGUGGGUGUUUUUUUGUUUUUUUUGGGGGGGGGGGUUCUUCUCUUAUAGGGUGUACCUUCAGCCAGCAAUGAAAAGAAUUGUAAUGUGAUGUACAUGGAAAACAAAAUCUCUAACUGUAAUUUUCAAUCCCAGACAGCCAUUUAUUCAUCUAAAAAUCUUUUAAUACAA